UUUAGUCGUAGCAGUGUUGCAGGCCCGAAGGGUGAUCCAAGGAUCAUGUGGACCAAUGAACAUCUACGCUUAUUAAUCGACGAGAGAAAAACUAGGAACGUCGAAUAUUACGAUAUCAUGGGUAUUAGUAGAGAGGAUUUUUGGAAUAGCGUCGCAAAUAAGAUCAACAGGCAGUUUAAUACCACUUACACCGGAUACCAAUGCAAAGGAAAGUUCCAAAGUCUCGUAAAAGACUAUAAUUCGAUAUGCCAGCAUAUGGCGGGUAGUAGUUCUGAAAUGCAUUUUGAUCAAAUACGUAACGUAAAUACAUCCUCAAGAAGAAGAGAAGAAAGACGGCGAAACCGCACUCCACCACCAACCUACGAAGAAGUUUCAUCAAUGCUAAAUAUGAGUCGCCGUGAAUCUCCUGCUGGUCAAAGGGAUCGAUCCGCAUCUCCAACCCGAAGAAUUCCCAGCAGAAGAGACGAAACUACCAAUCGAGAUAAUGCAAGUAAUUUGGGUGGACAUUUAGGUAAUAACACAAAUAAUGUGGGUGGAAAUUCAAGAAAUAACACAAAUGACGCGGGUGGGAAUUCAAGCCAUAACACAAAUAGCGUGGAUGAAAAUUCAAAUAAUAAUAUGACCCAUAAUGAUACGCACGGAUUAUUAUCUAAUAUAUCCGCAUCACAAAAUGAUAGUGAUAUUAGUAUGGCCGAUGUAGAAGGUAGUCAACCAUUGGAACCUAUAAAUGAGGAGGGGAGUUAG